GAAAUUUCGAACUUGCGCCAGAUGUGUGGAGAUUGAGUUUGUGUCAAAUCUUUGUGGGAGGUUAAAAGCCAUAGUGCAUUACUCCAAAUAUCAUACAAUUAAUACGUUAAUUAACAGGCCUUGUAUACGAAAACCAUAACAAAAAUUAACAUCUUCGAACACAAGAGAUUUGAAAAUACGAAUUAAUGUUCGAAACUGUUCAUUAAAGAUACUUUUAUUUGAUUACAAAAUAUUUUGUACAUCACUCAGUUACUAAUUUGCAUUACCAUCAAUUAAAUAAAAUAUUUUAUCGCUUAAUAAAAAUUUAUUGAUUUUUAUUGCAAUUUUGAUAAAUUCGAAAAAUGACAAGUUCUGUCAUUCAUCGUAUUGGUUCAUUCAUCGAUUAAUGCUGAUUGGUUGAAAAUUCAACACACACGACCUUGAAUUUAAAAUCUACAAUUACCACAUCAUAUUGUUUUUCAAACUAAUAUUUAUUGUGACGCUACGCUAAAGCCGAUUUUAUUGAAAGUCUAAUUGUUAAUUGUUCAGUGAAAAAACAGCAAUCGUCAACAUGGCGUUCGCGGGACUUAAAAAGCAAAUUAACAAAGCUAAUCAAUAUAUGACGGAGAAGAUGGGCGGGGCUGAAGGAACAAAGCUUGAUGUAGAUUUUGUUGAUAUGGAAAGAAAAACAGAUGUUACUUGUGAACUUGUUGAAGAACUACAAAUGAAAACAAAAGAAUUUUUACAACCGAAUCCAACUGCAAGAGCUAAAAUGGCAGCAGUUAAAGGAAUAAGUAAGCUAAGCGGUCAAGCUAAAGCUUCAACUUAUCCACAACCUGAAGGUGUUCUUGGCGAUUGCAUGCUACUUUACGGCAAAAAAAUGGGCGAAGAUAGUAUUUUUGCUCAAGCUUUGAUAGAGAUGGGUGAAGCGAUGAAACAAAUGGCUGACGUAAAAUACUCUCUUGACGAUAACAUAAAACAAAACUUUUUAGAACCUCUGCACCAUCUGCAGACCAAAGAUUUGAAGGAAGUUAUGCAUCAUCGAAAGAAACUUCAAGGACGCCGGUUAGAUUUUGAUUGUAAGCGUCGACGGCAAGCAAAAGCUAUGGUCAAAAACUCGAGCAGUCCACACUUUGGUAGCCCAGCGAAGUCAAGUUUUACGUCAGCUCACGUGGGUUCUCAUGUUUCAGACGACGAGAUUCGUCAAGCUGAAGAGAAAUUUGCCGAAAGUCUUCAUUUGGCCCAGAUGGGGAUGUUCAAUCUCUUGGAAAAUGAUGUUGAGCAAGUGGCCCAGUUAGCUACUUUCAGUGAGGGUUUGCUCGAAUAUCACCAACAGUGCAUUGAAAUACUUAAAGUUUUAACCGAAACGCUAUUAGAAAAGAAAGACGAGGCAGCCAAUCGACCAAAAUUGGAAUUUGUUCCCAAAACAUUAGCAGAUCUACAUGUGGAAGGAUUGUCCUUGGGAGACGGAAUGAACGGUGGGAACUUCUUUCUUCACGGAGCAAGUCGAGCUGGGUCUCCGGUUCACGGGGACGGGAAGCGCUCUCAGCUCGAGCUAUUUCCGGCCGGAAACCCACCGCAAUCUACCAAUGCGUCUCCAUUGCCAUCUCCUAGUAAAUCACCAGCAAGAACGCCAAUGCCUAAACAGCCUUGUUGCACGGCACUCUAUGAUUUUGAGCCUGAAAAUCCUGGUGAACUUGGAUUUAAGGAAAAUGACACAAUUACAUUAAUCCAAAGGAUCGAUGACAAUUGGUUUGAAGGAAGUGUAAAUGGUCGUACAGGAUUUUUCCCUGUGUCAUAUGUUCAGAUUGUUCAGCCAUUGCCAUAAAUUAAGCACGACUACAUCGAUGCCAAAGAUAGAUAUUAGUCUAGUGAAAUUCCAUCUACACUAUUGAAAAGAAUGUCCAAGAUUUAAAAUGAAAUAAUAAUUAAAAGUACUAAGGAGUUGAUAAAUGAAAUGACAAAUACUCUUAAAUAGCCUAAACAGAUACUGAUUCGCAUAAUGAUUUUAAGCUUCCUUCUUUUCAUUAAAGCUUUCGAAUGAAAAUUUUAUGAAAUUAUAUAUCAACAUAAGUUAUUAUGAUAUAUCUUUUGCAGAUAAUCGUUCUAUCCAUACUUACGUUAAUGUACAUAAAUAUAUAAUAUAUAAAAUAUUAUAAAAUAUGUUAUCGUGUCAUUUAUUGAGGUGAAUAAUUUUUCGAUAAUCACGCGAGAAAGAACAUUUUAUUCAAUGCAUAAGACAUAUAAUAAUGAUAAUAAUAAUAAUAUUAUAUUAAAAUAAGUAAGCAUGAAUUAUAAAAUUGUAAUGUGAGUAAUUCUUAUUAAGACCGAUCAAUAUUCAUUAACGAUGCUAUUUAAUUUAAAUUUAAUCAUUAAAAUAUAGGAAUGAAGAUUGAUUGGUCAAUGUAAGGUCUACGCUCAUUACAAAGUAGACCGAUCACUGAAAUAUUAAUUGUGAAAUCGUAAUUACAGAUUUAUAAAUUUCUGUUUAAAAAAUCCUAUUGAUUCUGAUUAAGCCAAUUUCAUGUUAAACUUUCUCUUUCUUUCUUCCACAAUAUGGCUGUUUAUACAGUAAAGAUGAAAAGAGACAAAUUUAAAAAAUACUGACUAUAUUGAGCAUCUGUAAAAAAAUUUUAUUUAUAUACAGAAUAAUAAAAAAAAUGUAAAUGAAUAAAAAAACAGCUUUGAAUGGUUUAAAUACUUAAUAAAAACGAAUGUUUGAUAUAAAAACCACUUUUGUGAUGUAAUUAAACACUAAAGUAUUGAAAAGAUAAAUGUGUAAUUUUUUAGUUUGAAUAAUUCAAAGAAGUUAGAAAAAAAGUUAAUUUUAUCUGAUAUUAAUUUUUUACACUAAAAAAUCUAGUCAGUAUUUCAUAUCUUGAAGUGAGAAGUAGAAACAAUACUAAUUAUACUCAGUUAUUAAUAAACAUUAACCGUUGGUUUUAAUUGGAUCUUUUAAUCAGGGUUUAGGUUUUUUCUUAAACUUAAAACGUUCGAGUAGUGUACAAUUAUGAUGAUUUAAAGUAUAAUUUAGCAAAAUGAUUUUUUUUGUACAUUUUUUUUAGUUAUUAAUAAAAUGAAAUAUUGUAAUUGUAGGUUGUAUAUUAUAAUAGUUUAGAGUGUAUCAGCGAGUGAACGACCUAGUAAAUUAAUGUAUAUGAUUAAUUAAUCUACAGUGAAAAACUAAUUUUUAUGUCGAUUUUUUUAUUUUGAUAAAAUUUUUUUGUUGUUGAAAAUUUGACAUAGCCA